AUGGGAUCUACCAACAUGACAUAUCUGAACCCUAUGACAGUGACUCUGAUUGGGAUCCCUGGACUAGAGCAUGUGCAGUUUUGGAUUGGAUUUCCCUUCCUUGGUGUAUGCCUGGUGGCUCUGCUGGGGAAUAUCUUCUUGUUAAUCAUCAUCCCUACAGAACGCAGUCUUCACCAACCCAUGUACAUCUUCCUGGCAGUGCUGGCAGUCACUGAUCUAGGUCUCUGUGUAGCCAUUGCUCCAAAGAUGUUGACCAUCUUCUGGUUUGGCUCUUGUUCCAUGGCUUUUGAUGCUUGCCUUACCCAACUCUUCUUCAUCCAUGCCUUGCAGGGUAUGGAAUCUGGAAUCCUGUUGGCCAUGGCCUUUGAUCGCUAUGUUGCCAUCUGUGAUCCUUUGAGGCACACAGCCAUCCUCACACCUCUUUUCUUAGUUCAGGUGGUACUGAUGAUGGCAAUUCGGGCAACAGUGCUUGUUGGGAUUUUACCCAUUUUACUUAAACGGGUGCACCUUUUCCAAUCUGUGGUUAUUCUUCAUUGCUACUGUGAACACAUGGCUGUGGUCAAGCUGGCUGAAGAAGAUGUCCGUAUUAACAAAUCAUAUGGGCUUUUUGUGGCUUUUGCAAUUCUAGGUUUUGACAUGAUCUUUGUCUUCAUCUCCUACAUUUUGAUUUUUUGGGCUGUUUUUCAUCUUCCCCAGAAGGAGGCACGACUCAAAGCAUUCAACACCUGUACUUGCCAUAUUGUUAUCUUCCUGGAAUUUUAUAUCCUUGCUUUUUUUUCCUUCUUCAGCCACCGUUUUGGACAUGUAUCAUCCUAUGCCCAUAUUCUAUUGUCUACCAUCUAUCUUCUUGUGCCCCCUGCCCUUAAUCCCAUUGUGUAUGGUAUGAAGACCAAAGAGAUCCGUAGGCGGUUGAUCAGAUUUGUAUUCUGA